CCUGUGACUCAUUAUUUGGUGAAAUGGUGUUCACUUCCAUAUGAAGACAGCACAUGGGAAUUAAAGCAAGACAUAGAUCAAGCUAAGAUUGAAGAAUAUGAGAGACUAGUGGCUAGGGAGCCAGAAACAGAACGUGUGGAGCGACCUCCUGCUGAUGACUGGAAGAAAUCAGAAUGUUCCAGAGAAUAUAAAAACAACAACAAACUCAGGGAAUACCAGUUGGAAGGAGUAAACUGGCUUCUUUUCAACUGGUAUAACACACGCAACUGCAUUUUAGCAGAUGAAAUGGGAUUGGGAAAAACUAUCCAGUCCAUUACAUUUCUCUAUGAGAUAUAUUUAAAAGGAAUCCAUGGUCCAUUUUUGGUUAUUGCCCCAUUGUCUACAAUCCCCAAUUGGGAAAGAGAAUUCCGUACCUGGACAGAGUUGAAUGUUGUUGUAUAUCAUGGGAGCCAAGCCAGUCGAAGGAUGAUUCAGACAUAUGAAAUGUACUUCAAAGACCCACAGGGUCGUGCAAUUAAAGGAUCAUACAGAUUUCAUGCCAUCAUUACAACAUUUGAAAUGAUUUUGACUGAUUGUCCUGAGCUCCGUAACAUUCCGUGGCGAUGUGUGAUCAUUGAUGAAGCUCACAGGCUGAAGAACAGAAAUUGUAAGCUGCUAGAAGGGCUCAAAAUGAUGGACCUGGAACACAAAGUGCUUCUAACAGGCACUCCUUUGCAAAAUACUGUAGAAGAGCUUUUUAGCUUGCUCCAUUUCUUGGAACCAAGUCGUUUUCCUUCAGAAACCACUUUCAUGCAAGAAUUCGGUGAUCUAAAAACUGAGGAACAGGUUCAGAAACUUCAAGCAAUUUUAAAACCAAUGAUGUUAAGACGGCUGAAAGAAGAUGUGGAAAAGAACCUGGCACCCAAGGAAGAAACGAUUAUUGAAGUUGAAUUGACAAACAUUCAGAAAAAAUACUACAGAGCUAUUCUUGAAAAGAAUUUUGCAUUUUUGUCAAAAGGAGGUGGCCAAGCAAAUGUUCCUAAUCUGUUAAACACUAUGAUGGAACUGAGAAAAUGCUGCAACCAUCCAUACCUUAUAAAUG